AUGCAGGCGCAACCCAUUUCGCGGCGCCUUCCAGCAACCACCUUCCAGCAUCAUGCCCUAAAAACCGCAUCUCUGCGCCCAUUGGGGCGCGUUGCAUUCACGCAGACCUCCGCCCACGCCUCCGCAUCCCAGCAGCCUCCGCAGAGCUCUCCACACGACGAUCCAAGCAACGAGCGCGACAGAUACACAAGCGACGGCCACAGAACCUACCGCAAGCGCCUCGACAAUGGCAUCAGCAAGCGUUCCUUGCCUCUCCCACCCAUCAUGGACCCCAUCGCACUCGCCGCGCGCGAGCGCUGGACGGAGCCCAAGAAGCCAGCACCGCAGCGGCAAACCCUGACGCCCUUCCAGCGCAAGCUCUACGCCAAUCCAUACGCCCGCGCCCUCGAAACGCCCGUCCGCGUCGACCGCACCACCAGCGGCCUCCCCUCCUUCUUCUACCUCGCCGUCCACCCAACCCCGCACCCCACCACCUCCGAAUUCUGGGUCCUCCCCCUCUCCCUCUCCGCCGCCGGCUCACCCGCCAACAACAACCCCACCACCUCCCCCUCCCCCUCCCCAACCGCCUACGUCACCCUCCGCCACGCCCACCUCGCCCGGCUCAGCCUCCCCGGCAAACGCGACUCUGAAUGGAAAUCCGCCAUCAACACGCGCGUCCACACCAAGGUCCAAGCCAUCGCGCACAGCAACAACAACAACAGCAGCAACAGCAACAGCAACGGCAACGGCCGCCCCGCCAGCGACGCGGAGCCGAGCCACAUGCGGCAGCGCGGGCACCGCGUGCCGGAGCAGGAGCUCGUCUGGCGGGAGGACAUGGCGGCGGUGGUGGGCGACCUGCUGCGGCGCGUCGCGUUCCGGCGGCUGCAGUACGGCUUCUCGCGGCCGCGGGGCGGCGGCGUGCUGGGGCGGAUCCCGGGUGUUGGCGAGACGGAGGCGGCGUCGCUUCCUGCGCGCCUGGGGGCCAUGGCCAGCAGUAGCGGCGGUGGUGACACCAUCGGCGCCGUCCUCUUCCUCAAGGCCCUCGCGUCCCCCGCGACGCGGGACGUGCAGCAGCGCGUGCGGCAGGCGCUUCACGACGGCGACGCGCUGGUCGAUUCGCUGGCCAAGAUUCGCGACACGACGCGGCGCUCGCUCAACGAGAAGCCGCUGCCGCGGAUGGUCGGCGGUUGGGACACGGGCGGGCCCAGGUUGCGGGUGGAUGUGUUGUAUGCGGGGUUGGAGUAUGGGAGCGUGCGGUUUGGUGUUGGUGGGUCGACGGAGACGGAGACGACGGCGGGGGAGGGGCAGGGACGGGAGGAGGAGAGGGAGGUGCCGGUGUAUGAUUUGGUGGAACUGUUGGGGGAGGAGAAGCUGCGGGAGUUGGUCGGGGGAACGGCGUGGGAGGGGGAGGCGGCGGUGGUGUUGUGGGAGAAGGAGACGACGGUUGGGGUGCAUCAUGCGUUGAUGCAGUUGCAGGAUUAUGUCAUCGACACGGUGUAG